GGCUGCGCUACGUGGGGCAUCUUGGCACUGCGCGGAGACCGGUCCGUCGCGGCGGGAGGGCUAGGGCGUGCGGCCCGAGCUGGUGAGAGGGCAUGGCUAGGGGCCUGUAGACUUGGCGAUUUAGAAUAAACGUCUGGAGCCUCCCGCUGCCUGCUGAGGAGACAGAUGGAGCCCAAGGAUGGGAGGUGUUUCUGAGAGCCUAGGGAGUAAAAAGGUCCAGACUCCGGAUUUUGGUGCUGUAUGUUCGCCGGGUUCCUGAGAGUGGAGGACACCUGUGCAACUGUGAAGCCUCCCGUCAGUUUCCGGCAGUUUCCUCAUAAAAAGUGGACAAGCCCAGUCAGGACUCUCUGCCCUGUGAGCUGAGGUACAGUUCGCCAGAAAGGAGCGCCGAAGUUAUCAUGCUUCAGAGACUCCUAAUCACCCUGCCCGUCGAGGCCAGCACCUGGGUGAAGUUGCACCAUCCAAAGAAGGCCACGGAGGGGGCGCCCCUGUGGGAGGACGUGACUAAGAUGUUUGAAGGAGAAGUUCUGCUAUCUCAGGAUGCUGAUGAGACCCGGGGAGAAAGUUUUGAGGAUGAAGUGGCAUCUGGGUCCCUGACAGCAGAAUCCCAGGAACUGUUAACCUUCAAAGACAUAUCUGUGGACUUCACCCAGGAGGAGUGGGGGCAGCUGGCCCCUGCUCACCGGAGUCUGUACCGGGAGGUGAUGCUGGAGAACUAUGGGAACCUGGUCUCAGUGGGGUAUCAGCUUUCCAAACCUGGUGUGAUUUCCCAGUUGGAGAAGGGAGAAGAACCAUGGCUGAUGGAGAGAGAGAUUUCAGGAGGUCCAAGUCCAGACUUGGAGGAUGAAACAGAAACCAAAGAGUCAAUCUUAAAGAGUGACAUCUCAUGGGAAGAAUUACACCACGACCUGAUGAUGGAAAGGUCCACAAGAGGAAGCACCUUGGUUUCCACAGUGGGAAGGGACUCCAAAUGUCAUAAGUUAGAAAACCACGAGGAGAACCAAGGAAUGGGUGCAGGGCAAAUCCCCUUGAUCCACAAGAAAACACUCACACAAGAGAGAGGCCAAGAAUCUAACAGAUGUGUGAAAAGUAUUAAUGUGUGCUCAAAAGUUAUUCCAGGACCAAUAGAUCCUCCAAGAAAAAGACACCAUAAAUAUGACAUAUCUAGAAGGAAAAGUAGAUACAAUUUAGGUUUGAUUAAUCACUCAAGGAAUUAUACAAGAAUGAAAACCUUUGAAUGUAAUAUUUGUGAAAAAAUCUUCAAACAGCUCAUUCAUCUUACAGAACACAUGAGAAUUCAUACUGGAGAGAAACCUUUCAGAUGUAAAGAAUGUGGAAAAGCCUUUAGCCAAAGUUCAUCCCUUAUUCCACAUCAGAGAAUCCAUACCGGCGAGAAACCCUAUGAGUGUAAAGAAUGCGGGAAAACCUUCAGACAUCCAUCAUCUCUUACUCAACAUGUUAGAAUUCAUACUGGGGAGAAACCCUAUGAAUGUGGUGUAUGUGAGAAAGCAUUCAGCCAGAGCAUUGGGCUGAUCCAGCAUCUGAGAACUCAUGUCAGAGAGAAACCUUUUACAUGCAAAGACUGUGGAAAAACAUUUUUCCAGGUUAGACACCUUAGGCAACAUGAGAUUAUUCAUACUGGUGUGAAACCCUAUAUUUGUAAUGUAUGCAGUAAAAGCUUCAGCCACAGCACAUACCUAACUCAACACCAGAGAACUCAUACUGGGGAAAGACCAUAUAAAUGUAAGGAAUGUGGGAAAGCCUUUAGCCAGAGAAUACAUCUUUCUAUCCAUCAAAGAGUCCAUACUGGAGUGAAACCUUAUAAAUGCAGUCAUUGUGGGAAAGCCUUCAGGCAUGAUUCAUCCUUUGCUAAACAUCAGAGAAUUCAUACUGGAGAAAAACCAUAUGGUUGUAAUGAAUGUGGAAAAGCCUUCAGCUGUAGUUCAUCACUCAUUCGACAUUGCAAAACACAUUUAAGAAAUACCUUCAGCAAUGAUAUGUGAAAUAUGUUCAACAUCAAAGAAUCCCCAAAUCGGAGCAAAAACCUCUAAAUCUAUGGUUUUCUGACUUUUGGAUUUCAAGAACCAACAAUUAUUUUUUAAUGGUUUGACCCAAUGUUACAACUAUUAAUUUUGCCAUAUUAAAAAAAGAACUACCUAUUAUCUGCAUUGUUUCAGAAAAGAAAGGGCAUUUUAAUAUUUAAAAAUACAGGAAGGAUAUAUUCAUAGAGAACAGCCCUUUACAUUUGAAUUAACUUAGCUUUAUGAAAAUCUCCCAAAUUUGUCUUUAUUUUUCUCAUUUCACUGUGGGCCAGUGAAAUCAUCACAACAGGCCAGUGAUCUGUGAUUGGUUUUGAGAGUCACUGUUUUAAAUAUCCCUUUAAUGAAUCAGAAUAAAAUAUAAUCUUUACUAUAGCUCUUUAUAUGGCUAGAAGAGGUAUAAAUAAAAAUGUCAGUUGUCUCAUUUCUAGAAGAAAUAAUGUUAAAGGGAUUUUUCUAGACUUGAUAGAUAAUGUGCUAUACAUGAGAUACUUAUAUUUUAUGGUUUUCUAUAGAGAGGAAUUGGCAAACUUUUUCUAUAAAGGGCCAGAUAGUAAAUAUGUUAGGUGUUGUAGGCCAUAUGGCCUCUGUCAGAACUACUCAACUCUACCAUUUUAGUGCAAAAGCAUCCAGAGGCAAUAUAUAAAUCAGGGUAUCUCAAUCUUGGUGCUGCUGAUAUUUUGGGGCCAGAUACUUUGUUAUGGGCAGCCAUCCUGUACAUCGUGGGGUGUUUAGCAGCAUCCCUGGCCACUGGAUGCCAGUAGUCCCCUCAUCCAUUGUGAUGACCAAAACUUUCCCCAGACAUUGCUAGAUGUCCCCUGGAGGGCAAGGUAGUUCCUACUUGAGAACCACUGACAAAUGAAUGGGUGUAGCUGUGUUCCAAUAAACUUUAUUUAAAAGACAAGUUUGAGUUGCAUUUAGCCCAAGGGUUGUAGUUUGCCACUCCUGCUAUAGAGUAUGUAAAAUGAUUAAUACU